CACAACGUCCAGGCAUAGACCGGCCCUUGUUAAGCCCCGGCGUUCUAUAGUCAAAUCAGACUGAAGUUGGAACAGAGAGAGACGGCCGAGGCUAAGAUGGACGGAACAUCAGCUCAGUGAUCUGAAACAACUCUUUCCGUUAAAAGUCCGAAGACAGAAGCUCCUCCACGCAUCUGUUGGCGAAAGUUCAAAGGUGAAAGAAGGGCAUCCCACUCCAAUCUCACCAUGGACUGGAAGACGUUAGAGGCCCUGCUUAGCGGGGUCAAUAAGUAUUCCACUGUAUUUGGCCGCAUCUGGCUCUCCGUGGUCUUCGUGUUUCGAGUCAUGGUCUUCGUCGUGGCCGCAGAACGCGUCUGGAUUGACGACCAGAAAGACUUUGACUGCAACACCCGCCAACCCGGCUGCGCCAACGCCUGUUACGACCACUUCUUCCCUGUCUCUCACACCCGGCUCUGGGCACUUCAGCUCAUCUUCAUCACCUGUCCCUCUUUCAUGGUCGUGUUGCACGUGGCGUACCGCGAGGAACGCGAGCGCAAGUACCGCAUCACGCACGGCGAGAACGCCCGUCUCUACGACAACACAGGACAGAAGCACGGAGGACUCUGGUGGACGUAUCUCCUCAGCCUCUUCUUCAAGACGGCCAUCGAGGUGGCGUUCCUCUACCUCCUGCAUCUCAUCUACAACAACUUUGACCUGCCGCGACGCGUCAUGUGCGACCUCUGGCCUUGUCCUAACCAGGUGGAUUGCUACAACAGCCGACCCACAGAGAAGAGGGUGUUUACCUACUUCAUGGUAGGGGCGUCGGCUGUGUGUAUAGUGCUCAACGUGUGUGAGAUCUUUUACCUGAUAGCCAUCCGUGUGCUGAGGAUCAGUCAUCGGGGAGGCCUCCAUGCCUCCCCCAAGAAGAGGUGCUCUGAGCCGGACUGGAAUGGGUGUCAGACACCGGAGGCAGACUACCAGAAGGGCAACGAGGCUGACUUCACCAUGGAGAAGAAGAGUCAAUCUAUCUUUUAAGUCAGACAUUAAACUUUUUACAAUCAAAGCUG